AUGGAGUCUCUGAGUGAAACGCAAUGGGAUGUCCUUAUUGAGGGGACGGGACUCCGGCAGUCCCUGCUUGCCUUGGCUCUGUCCCGCUCCGGCAAGAAAAUUCUCCACGUCGACCAGAAUGGGUACUACGGGGAUGCUGAGGCUGCUUUCAGUCUGCAGGAGGCUGACGAAUGGGUCGAGCAGGUGAAAGGAGAUUCUCCCACAGGAACUUUCAGAAAUGCCUCUUUGUGGAAACCAGAUGAAGAAGCUUCCAAGGAAGAAAGGAAACUCUCCUUCUCAAGGGCAUAUACCCUAACCCUCUCGCCGCAAAUAAUAUACACGAGGUCUCAGCUCCUCACUCAACUCGUCUCCUCGAAGGUUUACCGCCAGCUCGAGUUCCAGGCCGUCGGCAACUGGUGGAUAUACACCUUACCCGAGGCCGAGGCUGUGUCUGAAUCCGACCAGAAAGCAAUACUGAAACGUUUGCCGAAUGGACGGGAAGAUAUCUUCGAGGAUGAAAGCAUCGAGAACCGUGCGAAACGGAGCUUGAUGAAAUUCCUGAAGUUCGUAGUAAACUACGAGGAGCAUCCCGAGAUAUGGCAGCCCCAUGCGGAGAGCAGUCUGUCUGAUUUCCUGGCGUCCCAAUUCCAGCUUUCUCCCUAUCUUCAGACUCUCAUUGCUGCCUUGACCUUGUCUUUAGACAAGCCGGAAGAGACAUCCGUUGGCUAUGCACUGCCUAGGAUCGAGAGACAUCUUACCUCUAUUGGAGUCUUCGGUCCUGGCUUUGGAGCAGUUUUGCCAAAAUGGGGCGGAGGCGCUGAGAUCUCGCAGGUUGCCUGUAGAGCUGGUGCUGUGGGAGGCGGGAGUUACGUGCUCGGGACAGGCAUCAAAACCGUUCAGGAAAAGGGCGAGGACCAACCCAUCGAAGUGGAACUCUCGAACGGCGAGACGGUCAAGACGAAAUACCUUGCUCGCGGUUCGGAGUCGAAAGAUGACACUACACCGAGUCCCCGAGCUCUCUCGAAGAUCAUCGCUGUGGUGUCGUCGCCCUUCGCAUCCCUAUUCGAGAGCUCAGUCGAAGGUUCACCUCUGGCCGCCGUAUCCGUGGUGGUCUUCCCACCGAACACCCUCACCACCGACACCAUUCCCCACACCCACCCCGUGUACAUCAUGGUCCAUUCCAGCGAAACGGGCGAAUGCCCCGCCGGACAGUGUGUCCUCUACGCCACAACUCUCUAUUCCCCAACCAGCAAAGCCCUCCUGGAUGCUGCUCUCCAAGCUCUCCUCAAUUCUGCAAAAGACAUCGGAGAUGCAAAACUGCUCUACACACUCUCCUACGAACAACAAGGCCCUGCCUCACACCCAUCUCUAGACCUAGCUUUCAACGACCAGGUACUCGAGGACGUAGCCCAGGAAUGGGAUGCGAUCAUGGGCGAGGGCGUUGAUCCCGCCACGUUCAUGCAGUUCGAGGACAGACCGGGGAUGAAUGAUGAUGAUAAUGAGGGUUUAGCAAGCGCAAAUUAA